UCGCCAGUGUUUGUGCGGCGGCAGAGAUUCGCAUCCGAUCCGGAUACCAAGUGUGACCGAGGGAGGCAACAGUAGUGGCAAAAUCCAGAACACCCGCAGCAGCAGCAGCAGCAGUAGCAGUACAGAAUGUCUGCCCGUAAGAUAACGCCCAUGUUUAACGAUUACGUGUACGAGGCGAUCCGGCGGAUCGCGGUCGAGCAGGGCUUCACGCCGGAUCUCUUCUCGGUGGAUUUCGACGAGGAGACGCGCAUCGAGUGCGAUGGGUUCGUGAGCUUCGUGUUCAAGGCCAUCAUCAAUGGUGAUGAUCGCGAGUUUACGCUGUGGUGUAAGGUGCCGCCGAACGAUGAUCCGCGCUCGUUGGAGCUGUUUAAGCGCGAGUGUUUCUUCUACCGUGAGAUUCUGCACGGGUUCUACGACUUCCAGAGUGAGAAGGGUGUGUUGGAGGAGUCCGACGAGGGGUUCUUUGCGACACCGCGCUGCUACCUGGCCCAUUGCGACACAUCGAAGCCGGACGAACCGGAGGCACUGAUCAUGCUCGAGUAUAACGAGGCGUACGAGAAGUGGGACUGGGAUAAGCUGGAACCCAUCAAUGUGGAGCACACGAAGUUGGUCAUGCAGCAGCUGGGCCGACUGCAUGCGCUCUCGUUCGCCAUAAAGGAACAACGGCCGGAACUGUUUACGGCGUACAAACGCAGCAACGAUGUGCUGGUGGAGAAGAACGAGCUGCUGACGCUGCUGAAGGAAUCGUUCGAUCGGGCCAUCGUUACGAUGAAGACCCGCUUCGAGGUGGAACAGGACAAGAUUCUGGCCGUGAAGGAUGCAGUGUUCGAGAGUCUCAAGGCAUGCUGCGAUCCGGUCAAAGCGGAACCAUACUGUGUCGUCACGCACGGGGACUGUUGGAUCAAUAAUCUAAUCUACUCGCACAACGAGAAUAAUGUUGCCACCAGCGUCGUUCUCACCGAUUGGCAAUCGUCGCGUUACGCUUCGCCCAUCCUCGAUCUGUGUUACUUCUUCUUCAUCUCCUCCGGUGAGCAGUUCCGGCGGGAUCACAUGGACAGUCUGCUGCACUACUAUCACGGUGCCCUGGCCGAGUUUCUCGAGAAGCUCGGUGGUGACGCAACGAAGCAGUUUCCGCUUACCACGCUGCUGCGUCUAAUGAAACCGUACCGGGAGCUGCUCGGGAGUUAGUUGCUGGAGCUGCGUCCCGCGAUCGGAACCAUAUCAAUCCACAGCAUCCGUACCAAGGAGGAGCGGUGCAUCGAGGGGAGGAUUGAUGUCAUCCAUUCGAUCGUGGGAAGCAUCGUUAAAACCACCGUUGAAUGUGCGAACGUCUGCUUUUGUUGCUGCUGGUGCUAGUGCUGCUGCUUCUUAGCGAGACCAGCGGGAGUUCGAGACCGGGAAGACCACCCGGGGUUGAACCGCUCGGUGGGUUAGAAUGUCACCAGUGGAAAAGCACCGGGCCUGAAAGAACGAUCACAGAGCCUAAUGUGGCCAUAAAUAGAAGCACACAGAUAAGAUACCUGAAG